UAUAAAGUUCAAUAAAAUUGUGUAUAUUUAUCAACUCUUUGUUAUUUAAAAAUAAAAAUUAGUUUUGAAGCUAAAGUUUAUGCCGUGUAACUGCGAAUAUGUCAUGUGAGGUCAAAACGUUUGGCGAAAUCCGCGAUUUCCAUAAAGUACAGGAAUACUUCGGUUUGAGUCAUGACGAAAAUUGGUUAAAUGCCAUAAAUUUUGCAAUUUCACCAACGGGUGAGCUCAUCGCUUUGGGACAGGGUGAAAAAUUAGCAUUACUCUCAUCCCAAUGGGAUAAUAAAAGUCAAGUUAGUACUUAUGUACUGAGUUGGUGUGGUGAGCUCGAUGAUCCCAAUCAAAUUAUUACAUCGCUACUAUGCCUGCCUAUAUAUGGCAAGGGUGUGAGCGCAGGCGCCGAGUGGACUUGUAUUGCAAUUGGACUUAACUCAGGCAUGGUGUUAUUUUAUACCGACUCUGGCAUAAAAAUAUUUUCACAAUGUUAUCAUGAUGAUCCUGUUCUCUGCAUUAAAGCGUACAGUCCGCCUCGACAUUCCGAAGCCGAUUCCUUCUUAUACAUAACUUACAAUGAAUGUAUGUGUAUUAUUAAAGGCGCCGAUAUGCUACCACUUUUAGUUAAUAUGCGUCUUAAUUUCAAUCGCACAUAUGGACGAAAGGCAACUAUUGACACUUCGGGACUACCCGCCGCCGACUUGUUGCAGUUUCAAAAAUUUAAAUUUUCUGGCCAAAACGGUGCAAUUAUUAACGAUGCCGCACUCACAGGUUCACGUUACGUUACUAUGUAUGAUCAUAUCAUUGAACAAGCGGUUGGUGUUGGAUGUUAUGCCAAAGUGAAUACAACACCUGUUCAACAUUCGAUGGUGGUAGGUGUGGGUGCUGAACCUUAUAUAGGUUUUUACUAUGCAGAAGAAGGAUAUCGAACCACAACACUAGGUGAAGUAGCCAAGGGAGUGCUAGAUUUAACGUAUCGAAGUGUUUGGGGCAAACUAUUUGGCCAGCCAGAAAAGCCGAUUGACUCGUCAACUACGCAUGCGCAAGAGUCGAUGAUGCGCACGCGUUGCCGGUUUCAUGAUGGCAAACGUGACGGCUACACAAUUGCACUGGCGCCCAAUGGACAACUUGCCGCUGUAACUGACAACUUGGAUCGCGUUGUGCUGGUCGAUCUGCGGCGUGGUGUAUUGUUGCGCGUUUGGAAGGGUUAUCGUGAUGCGCAAUGUGCCUUUGUACCAAUAAAAGAACGUUCAUUGAAAGGAGUAAAAACACAGCAUCGAAAGGCGCUUUUUCUAGUUAUUUAUGCACCACGUUUAGGUUGUUUAGAGAUUUGGGCAUUGCAAAACGGUCCAAAGGUGGCAGCCUUCACGGUCACAAAGAGUGGACAAUUAGCAUAUAAUACGCAUGGCCUGAUGGGUGUCACACCCGGUUUGAAGGUAAAAUCAUCUACGCCGAAUUAUUGUCUGUUCCUAGACCCCAGCGACGCCAGCGUAAAAGAGGUGCAAAUACCCUUUCAUUUCGCCUUAAGUGAGACAAACUCUAAAACCUCACGAGACAUACAUUUGUUCCGGCGUCUAAAGAAUCUCUUGCGUAAUUUGGAUAGUACUGCCAAUAUCGAGGAAAUUGUCAAAAUAUCAGCUGACUUUCAAACGAUUGAAGUACGCCAGCAAUGCUUGGACAUGUUGAAGAAGAAUAAGCAAUUAAAACCGCAAGUAUUUCAUAAAAUUAUGAGCGCAUUCGCCGAUACCUUGCUGUCGGAAACCACCGAUGACGACCAAAGUGAAGCGAAUGCAGAGCAUGAACAUUUUAAAACCAUAGUAGACAACUACCAACGGCUCGCAGAGUUUUAUGUAACCAUAAAGCGACCGACUGAGGUUGAAUUUGAUGAUUACUUAGAGCUGGACGACUGCGAUUUGGUCACCAUAAAUCAAAUCAUAUUGCUGCUUGGCGACAAAUAUGCAGAAUCGAGCCCCAACGAAAACAAAGCGGGCGCACAACUCAGCGGGAAAGUCACAUUCCAAGAGCAGUGUCAAGAAGAUGGCGACUUUGUUGACUUUUUGAGCAUAUUCAAAGUGGAUGCUAAUGAUAAGCUAACGUUAUUGCGUGAAAAAAUCGAUAGUUUUGGUUACAUCAGUGGUCAGCUUUUCAAAGAAUUCUUUGCAUGCGGUCUUUGCUUCGAGGAGUUGAAGGCGGCAACUGUCAAAGCGAAGAUACCUGCCGAAGAUUUGUUGAUAUUAGCGCUACACUUUUGGAUGGAUAAACCUUUUCGUUACCAGAACUGUGAUGAAGUUAUUGCGGAUAUGUCACGUUUGGCAGCCAUGAUAAGGGCGAUUUGCGAGGUUGCUGGCGACCGGGUAAACGACUAUGCUUAUAAUGAAAUUUCCCAAUGGUGGCAAGAUAUACGCGAAAUACUCUUGGAUUGUCCAAAAUCGUUUGGUUUACUAGCGGCAAUCGUUUGCAAGUCAGUUGCAGCCAAACUACGUCGCGGAUACAGAGAGGGCUCCUGUGAUGAAGGUUCACAGACAGAAGAGGAGGACAAAUGGGAGCAAAUCUCACACGAUCAAGCACAAUGGGGUUUACUCAUAGGCAAAUUGGAGGAUAUCUCAAUACUAGGCGCCACAGUGGAGCAUCCAAUUCAAUGUAGUGAACCCGUUAUGCCCGAACUGCCUUAUGAAGCGCCAGAUUGCAGUUUGAAAUACAUUGUCAACGGCGGCAAAGGUAUCGUCACUGAUCUUACGGCCAAAUGGUUAAUUAAUUCACGUAUACAUCCAAUGAAAAUUGUGCCAACCGAAUUGGAAGUAGAGGAAAGUAAUGCACAAGAAAGCUCUCAAACACCGACAAAUAAAGAAGUGACAGCAGACAAUGCAGCUGCGACACCAAUUGACAGCGGCGAUGUUGACCAAUGCUUAGCCAGCAAUGAGAAUGCUGAGGAUAUUGCCGUCGACCCAGUGCUUACGAAGUUACUGCUCUUACGCGAACACUUUCCAUUCAGUUUGGAACCCGGCAUGCUACUCAGUCUUAUGUCGUGGCAUUAUAUGGUGCAUUGGAGCAAAAACCUGACGCUUUUGGAGUAUAUGCGUGCAUCACUCGCUUGCCUGAGCCAAUUCAAGCCGGAAGAUUAUGCGCUCAAGCAUGGCAUCUGUUGUAUGCUUUGGAAUGCCGCACUGAAGUAUCCACUGCAAUCGACUAUGAAGCUGAUACAAAAGGCGGGUCGCUUGCCAAAAGAUAAAAUGUGUCAACAAGACAUUGAAAUGUCAGCGGCUUUGGUGCCCAAUUUCCUAGAAUUAUGUUUACAAUUUUUGGAACAUUUCAUUAGCUCACUGGAGCACGACAGUCGUGAAUUGAAAUUCGAGGAAUCGUUAACCGAGGGUCCGCUGCCCUUACAGUACCUGGCACUGCAACAACACAAUGCUAUUGAGGAAUUACUACAGUUGCAUUAUGAGCUUUGCGCUGUGUUACACCUAAUUUCCUCGCUGCAGUUAAAAAUGCCUAAACCCAUUACGAACGUAUUCGAUGCCAUGGCAAAUAAGGCGUUCUUCACCGAUAUUAACAAGGAAUUGCCCUAUGAACUGCCAGAAGCGGAUUUAGUAUUGCAACAACAACGUGAGCAUUUUCUAUGCAAGGCUAUAAGUGCCUCAAUGGAUUUGAUACGCGAGGAUCUGGAACAACUGUACACGCAGGAGCACAUGGAGUUCAUGGCGAAGGUUAUGGGCUUGGCUGAACGUUGGAAAUUGAAGAAGACAGCGCUUAUACGUCAACAGGCGGUGGAAAUGUACGCGCAUUCUUACGAUGCGCAGGGUGAAGUGCUUUUAAAACAGUUACGUGAUGAUGAACAUCUUCCGCGUUUGCUGCUUGAGGUGGCUGGUAAACGCUUGAAUUUGGUAGCAAACAGAUCACGUGAUGCUUACUUGAAAAUAGCUUCGGUGGGUCAACAGCUGCUGCACUACCUCGAUAGACUGCGUGAAGCACCCAGCGGCACCGUACAAAUAUCUGCCUCCGAAGCCAGCGAAAUUAAUAUAAUUGAUUUGUCGAAACUGGUGACGCAUUGCUUCGAUUUACUCUCACAGCGAGAACCAACUAAAUAUGUACAUAUUGCCGGUCAAAUGUUUGAUGCCUGUUCUAUAUUGCAAGAUUAGUUACGUAAUAAUAUAAGUCUAACGAGUUACAUGAAAAAUGCACAAUUAUUUUGUUCUGUAAAGUUUUAGGUUUGUAGGUUUUAAGUUAUAUACGAUUAUGU